UUUUCACCAUCGACAGAAGAUGUUGCUUGUUCUUGUGGCGUUGCAGUUUUUAAGUUUUACUCAUGGCAGUCAGAAGCAUAUGAAAUCUUAUUCACAAUGCGAGGCCAUGUCUAGAAAAGAGGAGCCAAGUUUGGCACUUGUUUUCCAGUGUCUUACUGCACACUAUAAUUUAUCUGCAACUCUUUCAGAUGUUAUGAUAAAAAUGAAUCAAGUUCAACAACAUUUGGAUCUAAAUUCCAAUGAUCAAGAAUAUAUACAAUCGCCUUUUAAAAAUCUCGAUGACAUUUUAGACAUACCGAGUGAUUUAGCCGGUAAAGAUUGCCAAUACAAACGACAAAUAGUACAAGCCAUACGCAGAAAACUGGUUUGGUAUAAUGUUAUGGAAAAUAAGGAGUCUUCGCUUUUUGAAUUAAAUGAUGACACUAUAAAGAUAGAGCCUUCUGAAGCUGCCCCGGAAAAUGCGGUUUCACAAAUCAAAGUGAGAACCGACUAUAAAAGAGUUUUGAGGGAGAUUCGUUGUCUGCUGGCGAAAUCCAUACGAAAUACAGAACCAACCGUUAGUGCCACAAAAAAUAAUUAACUUCAAUACAUGGACAAGGUUUUCUCUUAAAAUGUAUGGACUUAUGUAUUUGUAAUUUUGUAGAAAUAAUUAUGAAUUAAAUAUUAAAUCUGACUAUUUUACUAAGCUACUUUUAAUUUAUAUAUAUACAAAUAUAUAUAAAAGCUUAAUGCUAACAAUGUGAAGUAGUUCAAAAA